ACCCAUUCGUCCCAAAUGAAAUGUAAAACUGUUUGGCAGAUUUCGAUGAAACUGGUGAAGGUAGGAGCAACCGUAUAUAAGGAGUUACCUGCCGCAAAGUUUUACUUUUUGCUACCAGUCAACCCUGAUAAGAAGUGUUGCCUUCGCAUUGUGCGUUACGAAAUUGAAUCUCCCGACGCAUAUUACAGAACGCAUAUCAUGAAACGCGCAAUUUGCAAGUACAUAUCGGCAUGUUUUCUCUUCGUCUGUAACGGGCGAGCUGAAGAAACACAACAUACGUUUGUCAGCAAAGAGACUGAUUCUUAUGGCCUUUCUGAAGGCCCUUUUUGGGACGCCACUACUCAGAACUUGUACUUUGUCGACAUAUAUAAUCAGUACAUACGUAGACUUAAUUAUCAAACAGGUCUUGUAACCAGUGCAUACAUAGCAAAUGGUACUGUUGGGGUUGUUGCACCUGUAGAAGGUACUUCCGAACAGUUAGUAGCAGGUGUUGGACAAGAUCUUGUUAUGGUUUAUUGGAAUGGGGAGCAAACUCAGACGGAUGUACCAAUCGAAAAACUAAGUUCCGUUGAUUCAGGAAUUUCAACGAGAAUCAAUGAUGGAAAGAUUGAUUCUUCUGGAAGAUUUUGGCUAGGAACUAGGGGUGAAGAUAAGAAUGGAGACUCCAUUCCCAAUAUAGGAUCAUUGUACAUAAUUGAUAAAAACUUCAUGGUCGAAGAGAAAAUAUCUCCUGUUACAACAAGCAAUGGAUUAAUAUGGAACAUCGAAGAUGAUACUUUCUAUUAUAUUGAUUCACCUACUCGUCAAAUCGCAGCAUAUGACUACAAGUCAUGUAGUGGAGAAAUAUCUAAUAGAAGAAUUGUGUUCGACUUUAAUGCAGCUAAUAUACCUGGAGAACCUGAUGGAAUGACCAUAGAUAUAAACGGCAACCUUUGGGUAGCGGUGUUCGGUGGGGGUUGUGUUCCUGUGUACAUUGGUUCUGUAAAACCACUGGUAAACAAUUAUAAGUUUGACAAUUACUUCGGCGAAGACGGAUUUGGGGACUUUAAUUUCACUCAAGAGAUAAUAACUAAGGUGGAUGAAACUAAACGCGCUCCAGUAGUACUCGUCGACCUAGUGAAGAAAUAUCCGGGUGAAGUAACUAUAGUUACUCUUGGACCUCUGACAAAUAUUGCCGUAGCGAGUGCGCUAGAACCUCGUUUUCUAUGUUACACGAAACAACUUAUCAUAAUGGGAUCGAGCGUUCAAUCGGAAAGCGAUGAGAGCCUUAAGCUCGAAUUUAACUUCGAGCAAGAUCCAGAAAGUAAUUGGAUUACGUUUAACAGCACCAAUAAAGUCCAUACACUAUUUCCGAUAGAUACAGUGCGCUCUCAUCCUAUUUCGAAGGACGAACACAAGAUGAUCUUUAAUAAACUGAAAGCUUCGUUCGCAAAGUUUUUGUAUCUAGCUGAAAGAGUGGCUUUCGAAAAGCAAGAGUUUUGGGAACCAUCGGACGCCAUGGCCAUGACGAUAAUGUUGAAACCGGAGAUAGUCAAGAAAUCGUUUGAAACUACCUUAGUACCGGUACUUGUUGGAGACGCACGCGGUGCAGUUAUAGUAGACUCCAACAAUACGGCGCACAAUGCGAGAAUUAUUCAGGAUUUCGAUCUAAUUGCAUUUAAAAAUUUAAUAUCGGAAUGUCUCUCUUAAAUGCGAAUUGUGUCACGAGCUCGGUAUUAUCUUUGAUUUGGGACACUGCAUUGUUGACACGGUGUUAUGUACAUAUAGUUUUAAAGUUACUUACGUUAAAGA